GAAACACUCGUUGCGGUUAAAAACACUUAUGUUUUAAAGACAGAAUUAAAACAAAUAAUAAUAAUUUUUGCGGUCAAAAACACUUACAUAUGUUUGAAGAACAGAAUUAAAAAAAAUUUGUGAACGUAUUCGUCAAAUAGAAAAAUCGCAUGGUUCGCUAAUAAUCGCCGUCACCGAACUAACUAACCUAUUUAAAUCACAAAGAGGGAGAAGUUAUGGUAAGAAAUAUAUUCUUCCACCUGAUUUCAAGACUGGGAGGCGGGGUUUAACCUCUCCUUUCCACCGGAGAGGGGAGGUCGAAGCACGGAGCCCCGACCCCGCCUCCUCCACUCCGCUCUUGUCGGGCCGUCAAUGUGCAGAUUGACCCGCAGAGUCACCUCCUCCACACCGGCGCUGCUCACCUGGCGAGGUCUUCUUCCAGCGGUCACCAGACCACAGGGACAUUUCUUCCACGACAGCGAGGGGGGGAAACAUGACCGAGCAAGGCAAGAGGGUGCUGCUGGCGGCGGUGGACGUUCUUUCCGUCUUCAUUGCGGCUCUGCCCUCGGCCAUUUUGACACUUAUGUUCAGGCCGUACCAGAGAGGGAUCUACUGCGAUGACGAGAGCAUCAACUACCCCUACAGGAGGGACACCAUCUCCCACGGCGCAAUGGCCGCCGUCACCAUCACCAGCUCCAUCAUUAUUAUCACCACUGGGGAGGCCUACCUGGUGCACGCCAAGCGUCUGCACUCCAACUCCCAGUUCAACCAGUACUUGUCGGCGCUCUAUAAAGUGGUGGGCACCUUCCUGUUCGGAGCAGCCGUCAGCCAGUCGCUCACCGACUUGGCCAAGUUCACCAUCGGGCGACCGCGGCCCAACUUCCUUGCUGUGUGCGCCCCCGUCAGCUGCAACGGAUACAUGCUGCAGAUCAACUGCACCGGCAGUUUGCGCAACGUCACUGAGUCCAGGCUGUCCUUCUACUCUGGCCACUCGUCCUUUGGAAUGUACUGCAUGCUCUUUCUGUCGCUCUACGUCCAGGCCCGCAUGCAAGGCAAGUGGACCCGGUUAGUUCGACCCACCAUCCAGUUCUUCCUGGUGGCAUUUUCCGUCUACGUGGGCUACACACGCGUCUCUGACUACAAGCACCACUGGAGCGACGUGCUAGUGGGACUCCUGCAGGGGGCGCUCAUCGCCGUGCUCACUGUGAAAUACGUGUCGGACUUCUUCAAGCAGCGCUCUCCUGCUUGCACGCGAGCAGAUCCUUGUGAGGAGGAGGAGAGUAAAGCAAGUCCUCAGCUGCCCGGCUCUCAGCGCACAAAUCAUUACAACUACUCCGCACCCGUAUGAACGCUACGACACAAAGACGGAUAUCACAACCACUAAACUUGGACAACGUCAACUCCACUUUGUGUGUUGAAACAACGUAUUUUUUUUAAUCCUUAAUUUUCCACAAUAUUGAUAUUGUGACCUGAUGGAAGAUAUUUGUCACAAUAUUUCACCUCUGAUUGAAUGGCCGCCAUCUUUUUUUUGUGUGUUUGUUUGUAACGCGGACCACUUUAUCUAACAUAUUUUUAUACAACCUCCAUGACUACUACUGUAUCGUAUCUAAUAAACUGUGCCUGUUUUUAUUUGGAAGAA